AUGACCGGUGAGCCUGAGAGAAUCGGCAUCCUCACCAGGCUUGAAGCACAGCGAUCCAACUCCAGGUCCUUGUUCGUUAGCAGCAGGGCACCCUUGGCCAGGUUGGUCCGCGAACGAUGGGGCCACGCGCUAUCGACGUUGUCGGUACCCCUUGGCGAUGGUGUGGUGCCUCGAUGUGGGGAAGCGCCGAACCGGGGCAGGAAUUGGGGACACGAACGUCGACGCACGGAAGCGCCAUCCGCGGACGGGAAGGGAGAAGAACCUAGGAUUUGGGGACGCCAUGGGUCGAGGGCUCGGAAGCGCCGUCCGCGAACGGGAAGGGAGGGGAACCGGGGAUUUGGGGACGCGAACGUCGACGCGCGGAAGCGUCGUCCGCGAACGGGAAGGGAGAGGAACUGGGGGCGGGAUUUGGGGAUGCCAUGGAUCGAGGGCGCACGCGUGGUUUGUGCCGGCGAGGAGCCGGAGCGAGAUCUACGCACCGCGGGGAUUUCGAGGAGAAUAGAGUCGGACAUGCUGUGUGCGGUGGAGGGGUGGUGGGGAAGGGCGGGGGAACUGAAGAGCUACUACCUUGGGUUGUGAUGACGACCUUGACCUUGUUGCCAUCGUCGUCAAGCCCAUGGUGACCUUGGUGGGCAG